CCUUGUUCUGUAGGAUUUACUUUUUUAUUGCAAGCAGAAUUCCCCUGGCACUGAUGCUUGUCCCCUGGCACAGAUGAUGUCCUGCCAGAUGGAAAAUCUGUCAACAUUUGUUUGGGUUCAUAGCCAAGAACAUUAUGAGGCUGCAGCGUCUGGGGAUAACCCAUGUUCUGAACGCAGCGGAGGGGAAGUCAUUCAUGCAUGUGAACACUAACGCAGAGUUCUAUGAAGGCACAGGCAUCAGAUACCAUGGCAUUAAAGCUAACGAUACGCAAGAAUUUAACCUCAGUCGCUAUUUCGAGGAGGCAGCUGAUUUUAUUGAGAAAGCACUUUCCCAGAAAGAUGGCCAAGUGUUUGUGCAUUGCCGUGAGGGCUACAGCCGUUCUCCUACAUUAGUCAUCGCCUACCUCAUGCUUCGCCAGAACAUGGAUGUCAAGUCUGCAUUGAGCACUGUCCGGCAGAAGCGAGAGAUUGGCCCCAAUGAUGGCUUUCUAAGGCAGCUUUGCCAGCUCAAUGAGCGAUUAGUGAAGGAGGGCAAACUGAAGCCCUAAAACAGAGCACAGUAGUAUUUUGGGAAGUUUCUCAAACUGUAAAAGGAUAUGUGUUAAGUGCUUUAGAUACCCAAACCCCAACCACCAAGCUAGGUCACGUAAUGUGAGGGAGACAAUUCCUGCUCUUGUCUAGUGUAAGUAUCUUUUGCAAACUCUGGGUCUUUUAAAAUGGCACAAAAUUCUCCCACUUCUCAGAGCUGUUGCAGUAAAGAAGCGUCUUUAGAGGGGAAACGCUGAUGAGAACAGCUGUUUUCACAUGUAUUUCAGAGCCCCCUGCAGAUCCUGCCAUGUAUGUGCUUUGCAUUGACCUUGACGGUGAUUUGUUUAAGCCUUGUCUUGUAUCCCACCAGAACACCGUUUUCUGAGAGCCCCAACACGUCUCUCUUCGCUCACUCUUAACUGAAGUACUGUAUUUUCUAAAGUUUCUCUUCCACACACACAGGUGCCUGAAGUCUGAGUGUAGGAGCUUCAAGGAAUGAAGAAGUAUAUAUGCCAAUGCACAGAUGCACUCUCAUGUAAAAUGAUGUGUAUACAGCUUUGUGUUUAGUGUGGGUAUACGCAAAACACACAGAGGAUUCAAGUGUGGUAGUAAAGACAUUCAGAGCCCCAUCUUAAUACACGCUGGAUUUCCAAGAAUAUUUGUUUCUUUUGCUGUUGCGGUUGACAUGAAGUAGUCUGAUAUUAACGGGAUUUUUGUAUUUUUAUUUUAAAAUCUUACUAGAAAAAAAAGUCAAGAGUAAAUGCUGAAGAAAAAACUUCAGCAAGGAAGAAAGAAUGUCUGUAUCAAGUAAUGCCUGUACAAGAUGUAAGGUAAAGUCCUAAGUGACAGAAUAGAACGGCUCCUGAGGUUUGUAUUGGAUUAUAGUGUCUCCCUUGACCCUCACUGUUUAUUAAACUUGAAAGCUUGAACUGAACCAGCACAUACGUAGAUUACUUUCAGGAGGGCAGUGCACAGGUGCUUGCAAAGCAGUUUGUAGAAGUACACUCUGUCUUGUUGGAUUGCUUGCAUGGUUCCAUUACAUAGAAGUGAGAAUUGCUAAGUAUCACAUGGACUAGCAAACAUUUCCUUUCUAAUAAAAUAAAUGAAGUCAUGGUUCUGUCUGACAUGGCAGAUGAAAUGAGUCAUUGCAAUGUUGGGAGAGGAAGCUUUGUUUAGGGUAUGCCUGACCUAGUGGGUAAAUAUGUGAGUGAGUUAGCAUAGCACUGUGCUAAUACAAAGGGUCUCCCACAAAGAACUCAAGAGUUGUUGGUUAAACUAAUAGAACCCUGAGAUGUUUAUGCUCAGUUUUUAUAUGUGCUUUAAUGUAGGUACAGAUUUAAAAUCUAGCACUAUUUAACAAGAAACACUCUUGUAUUAGUAAUGCAUAUAACCAUAGUUCCACAGUUUUGUACAUUCAAUUCACUUAUCAAAAAUCACAAAGGACAUAGAUUGUUUUACUUCUAGUUGGUUUGCCUUUUUUCCAUUUAAUCGGAUAGCUUUCUUGAAAUUAAACUCCGGAGAUGAUUAUUUUGGUUGAAGAUGGGGCUUAUUUCAGUUUCCUUGCACAGGAUGGGAAUUACCAACAAGUAGUACUUUGUCUUCUGUGGCCUUUAAAGGAACAACUGGGGAACACUGCAUAGCAAGUGUUUCCUUUCACCUCCCUACAGUCAGUCAAUAUUUAGUGCUUGUUCUGAAGCAGAAUGGUUCAGUAAUACCUAGCAGUAGAGAGUUCCUUAGGAUAAUUGCAAUUGCAAUUGUUCAGUGUCUCCCAUUUUAUCGAAUUUAAUUGCUGUUUUCAAAAUUCCUGGUUACUUUUUUCAUGUUAUGCCGUGUGGGGAAUAGGAAUGCUGGCCUUAUCUUUUCUACAAUACUGCCUUUUUCAUUCAGCAGUCUUAUUUAUAAAUCACACUUUUAAAAUGUUUACUGUGGGCCCAGAUUUUUUUUUUUCCUCUCUCUGCCUGCACUGUGUAUUCAUAACACCUAUCCACGCUACAGGAAAAACAAACAAACAGAGGUGCACAUGCAUGCACUUUGGCUUUGAUUUGUUACUUAGAACUCAAAAAUUCCAGUCCAAUAAACGACUAAACAAACUA